AUGCUGCCCCUAAGGCAGAGGAGGCGACACCAGGGGAGAGGAGUCAAAACAAAGGAGGAGGAGGCGACACCAGGGGAGAGGAGUCAAAUCCAAGGAGGAGGAGGCGACACCAGGGGAGAGGAGUCAAAACCAAGGAGGAGGAGGCGACACCAGGGGAGAGGAGUCAAAACCAAGGAGGAGGAGGCGACACCAGGGGAGAGGAGUCAAAACCAAGGAGGAGGAGGCGACACCAGGGGAGAGGAGUCAAAACCAAGGAGGAGGAGACGACACCAGGGGAGAGGAGUCAAAACCAAGGAGGAGGAGGCGACACCAGGGGAGAGGAGUCAAAACCAAGGAGGAGGAGGCGACACCAGGGGAGAGGAGUCAAAACCAAGGAGGAGGAGGCGACACCAGGGGAGAGGAGUCAAAACCAAGGAGGAGGAGGCGACACCAGGGGAGAGGAGUCAAAACCAAGGAGGAGGAGGCGACACCAGAGGAGAGGAGUCAAAACCAAGGAGGAGGAGGCGACACCAGGAGAGAGGAGUGAAAACCAAGGAGGAGGAGGAGGCGACACCAGGGGAGAGGAGUCAAAACCAAGGAGGAGGAGGCGACACCAGGGGAGAGGAGUCAAAACCAAGGAGGAGGAGGCGACACCAGGGAAGAGGAGACAAAACCAAGGAGGAGGAGGCGACACCAGGGGAGAGGAGUCAAAACCAAGGAGGAGGAGGCGACACCAGGGGAAAGGAGUCAAAACCAAGGAGGAGGCGACACCAGGGGAGAGGAGUCAAGACCAAGGAGGAGGAGGCGACACCAGGGGAGAGGAGUCAAAACCAAGGAGGAGGAGGCGACACCAGGGGAGAGGAGUCAAAACCAAGGAGGAGGAGGCGACACCAGGGGAGAGGAGUCAAAACCAAGGAGGAGGAGGCGACACCAGGGGAGAGGAGUCAAAACCAAGGAGGAGGAGGCGACACCAGGGGAGAGGAGUCAAAACCAAGGAGGAGGAGGCGACACCAGGGGAGAGGAGUCAAAACCAAGGAGGAGGAGGCGACACCAGGGGAGAGGAGUCAAAACCAAGGAGGAGGAGGCGACACCAGGGGAGAGGAGUCAAAACCAAGGAGGAGGAGGCGACACCAGGGGAGAGGAGUCAAAACCAAGGAGGAGGAGGCGACACCAGGGGAGAGGAGUCAAAACCAAGGAGGAGGAGGCGACACCAGAGGAGAGGAGUCAAAACCAAGGAGGAGGAGGCGACACCAGGAGAGAGGAGUGAAAACCAAGGAGGAGGAGGAGGCGACACCAGGGGAGAGGAGUCAAAACCAAGGAGGAGGAGGCGACACCAGGGGAGAGGAGUCAAAACCAAGGAGGAGGAGGCGACACCAGGGGAGAGGAGUCAAAACCAAGGAGGAGGAGGAGGCGACACCAGGGGAGAGGAGUCAAAACCAAGGAGGAGGAGGCGACACCAGGGGAGAGGAGUCAAAACCAAGGAGGAGGAGGCGACACCAGGGAAGAGGAGACAAAACCAAGGAGGAGGAGGCGACACCAGGGGAGAGGAGUCAAAACCAAGGAGGAGGAGGCGACACCAGGGGAGAGGAGUCAAAACCAAGGAGGAGGAGGCGACACCAGGGGAGAGGAGUCAAAACCAAGGAGGAGGAGGCGACACCAGGGGAGAGGAGUCAAAACCAAGGAGGAGGAGGCGACACCAGGGGAGAGGAGUCAAAACCAAGGAGGAGGAGGCGACGCCAGGGGAGAGGAGUCAAAACCAAGGAGGAGGAGGCGACACCAGGGGAGAGGAGUCAAAACCAAGGAGGAGGAGGCGACACCAGGGGAGAGGAGUCAAAACCAAGGAGGAGGAGGCGACACCAGGGGAGAGGAGUCAAAACCAAGGAGGAGGAGGCGACACCAGGGGAGAGGAGUCAAAACCAAGGAGGAGGAGGCGACACCAGGGGAGAGGAGUCAAAACCAAGGAGGAGGAGGCGACGCCAGGGGAGAGGAGUCAAAACCAAGGAGGAGGAGGCGACACCAGGGGAGAGGAGUCAAAACCAAGGAGGAGGAGGCGACACCAGGGGAGAGGAGUCAAAACCAAGGAGGAGGAGGCGACACCAGGGGAGAGGAGUCAAAACCAAGGAGGAGGAGGCGACACCAGGGGAGAGGAGUCAAAACCAAGGAGGAGGAGGCGACACCAGGGGACAGGAGUCAAAACCAAGGAGGAGGAGGCGACGCCAGGGGAGAGGAGUCAAAACCAAGGAGGAGGAGGCGACACCAGGGGAGAGGAGUCAAAACCAAGGAGGAGGAGGCGACACCAGGGGAGAGGAGUCAAAGCCAAGGAGGAGGAGGCGACACCAGGGGAGAGGAGUCAAAACCAAGGAGGAGGAGGCGACACCAGGGGAGAGGAGUCAAAACCAAGGAGGAGGAGGCGACACCAGGGGAGAGGAGUCAAAACCAAAGAGGAGGAGGCGACACCAGGGGAGAGGAGUCAAAACCAAGGAGGAGGAGGCGACACCAGGGGAGAGGAGUCAAAACCAAGGAGGAGGAGGCGACACCAGGGGAGAGGAGUCAAAACCAAGGAGGAGGAGGCGACACCAGGGGAGAGGAGUCAAAACCAAGGAGGAGGAGGCGACACCAGGGGAGAGGAGUCAAUACCAAGGAGGAGGAGGCGACACCAGGGGAGAGGAGUCAAAACCAAGGAGGAGGAGGCGACACCAGGGGAGAGGAGUCAAAACCAAGGAGGAGGAGGCGACACCAGGGGAGAGGAGUCAAAACCAAGGAGGAGGAGGCGACACCAGGGCAGAGGAGUCAAAACCAAGGAGGAGGAGGCGACACCAGGGGAGAGGAGUCAAAACCAAGGAGGAGGAGGCGACACCAGUGGAGAGGAGUCAAAACCAAGGAGGAGGAGGCGACACCAGGGGAGAGGAGUCAAAACCAAGGAGGAGGAGGCGACACCAGGGACAGGAGUCAAAACCAAGGAGGAGGAGGCGACGCCAGGGGAGAGGAGUCAAAACCAAGGAGGAGGAGGCGACACCAGGGGAGAGGAGUCAAAACCAAGGAGGAGGAGGCGACACCAGGGGAGAGGAGUCAAAACCAAGGAGGAGGAGGCGACACCAGGGCAGAGGAGUCAAAACCAAGGAGGAGGAGGCGACACCAGGGGAGAGGAGUCAAAACCAAGGAGGAGGAGGCGACACCAGUGGAGAGGAGUCAAAACCAAGGUGGAGGAGGCGACACCAGGGGAGAGGAGUCAAAACCAAGGAGGAGGAGGCGACACCAGGGGAGAGGAGUCAAAACCAAAGAGGAGGAGGCGACACCAGGGGAGAGGAGUCAAAACCAAGGAGGAGGAGGCGACGCCAGGGGAGAGGAGUCAAAACCAAGGAGGAGGAGGCGACACCAGGGGAGAGGAGUCAAAACCAAGGAGGAGGAGGCGACACCAGGGGAGAGGAGUCAAAACCAAGGAGGAGGAGGCGACACCAGGGGAGAGGAGUCAAAACCAAGGAGGAGGAGGCGACACCAGGGGAGAGGAGUCAAAACCAAGGAGGAGGAGGCGACACCAGUGGAGAGGAGUCAAAACCAAGGAGGAGGAGGCGACACCAGGGGAGAACGAGAGCACCUCUGGAGCAGUGGAAAACGAGAGCAGAAAACGCGGUGGUGGCGAGAGAAGGAGGGAAGCGAGGGGAGUACCUUGCGUGGUGA